AUGAUUGCUCGAGCAAAUCUGCGUAUAGUGGAAGCGUUAGGACGAAAGGUAGCAGCACCAUUAUUUUUCUUACCUAAUGUUGUACAAGUUGAUCGCAUCAAUACACUGCGCGUAUCUUAUUAUAAUGGAUCUAUUCGACUACCUUUACCUAAUCCUCAUCAAAUAACAUUUUUGAAUAGUCAAAAGUGUCUAAACCACGCUUCUUCAUUGUCAACAAGUGUUUGCUCAAUCCGUCUUCUACCUCUCAAUCAUCAUAAUAAUAAUCAAUAUACACGCUGGUUCGAAAUAUUGCAUUCACUUUCAACUCUGCCAAACUUACAUUCAUUACGUAUAACUAUGUAUCGUAGGCCAGCGAUAGUUUAUGAUAAUUGUUGUCCAUUAAUUGAAAAGAUUACACUUCGAGUCACUGAUUUUGGCUUUUACUUUCGAGAAAAGUAUAACACUUUACGUUCUGGCGAUCUGCCUAUAUUUCAACAGUAUGCACAAUUUAUUAAACAUUUAUGUCAUCGUAUUCUUCUAUUGUCUUCUGACAAACAAUCUUGUUAUUCAAUUGAGGAUGAUCAUUGCGGAUUGACAAUAUGGUUUUGA